CUCUCAGUCGAACCUCUCUCUCUCUCAUCCUUUGAGCUGAGACUUCAGAUCAAAAUUAAAUUCAAAUACUUCAGGCCUAAUCCCCUAUCUGAUUGCCUGCAGAGCAUUUAAACCCCAUGCUGGAGCAGAUAAUGAUAUUAGAGGAACCUCUUUGCAACAUUCAGUUUGAAUAGCAUUGGUUAGAGGGUUAGACAGACCACCUAGUAAUAGUGUUUUGGAAAUUGAUUUCUCUGCUUGAUUUGCCAUCCACUAUUAGAUAAUUGAAGAAUGACUGUUACGAAGCGGUAUGUGUUGAGAUUGUUCAUAUCAUUGAAGUACAUUACGGCAAAUGUGGUAGAUAGAAACAAUGGAAGGAUUGUAGCAACAUCAUCCACUGUAGAACAUGACAUGAAAAAGUCUCUUGAGUGUGGCCGGUCCUGUAAUGCAAAAGCAGCUUCUGUUGUUGGGGAGGUAUUGGCCAUGCGGCUCAAAGUUGAUGGGCUUAAUGAAGGACAGGGUAAAGGUAUUCAUGUAAAUGUAAGUAAGGAAGUUGAGAAGAAAGGAUUUAAGAACCAAACCAAGGUUUGGGCUAUUGUGAGUGCUCUUAAGAAUAAUGGAGUGAAACUCGUCCUUGAUGAUGAACAUGAUGCCAAUAAUCCUUGGCCUAAUUCCUAAAUCUAUGAAGUAAGUCUUGUGCUAAGAACAUCUUUUCAGUAAAUAAACAAAA